UUAAUAUCGUCGAAUUAAUUCGCAACAUACGGACGCAGCGAAUGGACGGGAAAUUCAUAUUUAUCGAUAAGAAUGAAAUCUUUUGAAUAAAAAAAAAAUGACUUAAAGUAAAAUAUAAUGAUUACAAUAUAAUAACCUAGGGUGCAAUUAAAAUGCUUUUUAAGCAAUAAGUACUAGAAGUUGUGAAGUAUUUAGUGAAUUAUAAGUACCGGCAUAAUGUUAUUCACAUAAUUGCUCCGAUGAUAGUAAAAAGAAAAUAUAGGACAAAAUUUGAAAAUCACCAGCAGUGAAUUUACAUAAAUUUUGGUCUUUUAUCUAAAGUCCAAUAAAACUCACUUCUUACUUAUAAAAAAAAAAAGUCAAAUGUCUUUUAUCACUAGUUUAUUUAAUUAUUUAUAAAUUUUCGUUCAUAUAUAAAUUCAUAUCCAGUUUGCUUAGACGCUAUUAGUUGUUCGAUUAUUCAUUGAAUUAAUUAUCUAAAUUAAAUUGAAAAAUUUUUUAAUAAAAAGUAAAAGAAGAAGAAUCAUGAGAAAAAUUCAAAAAUUCCUUGUUUUACUUACAAUAAUGAUAUGUAAUUGUUACGCUUUAGAGAACGGUUUAGCGCGUACUCCUCCCAUGGGCUGGAUGCAUUGGGAACGUUAUCGCUGCAUUACCGACUGUUCCAAGUAUCCAGAUGAGUGCAUCAGUGAGCAAUUAUUUAAAAGAACGUCUGAUUAUUUAGUGUCCGAGGGUUAUGCUGAUCUUGGAUACGAGUAUAUUAUUAUAGACGAUUGCUGGUUGGAGAAAACGCGUGAUAAUAUUACCGAAAAGUUAAUUGAAGAUCGUGAGCGAUUUCCUAGCGGACUAAAAGCUUUGGCCGAUUAUAUUCAUGGCAAAGGUUUAAAAUUCGGUUUGUAUCAGGAUUUUGGUACGCAGACGUGCGCCGGAUAUCCGGGUGUUAUUAAACAUAUGGCCUUAGAUGCUCAAAGCUUUGCUGAUUGGGAUGUUGAUUAUGUGAAGUUAGAUGGUUGUUAUGCUGAUAUUAAUGAAAUGGAUAAAGGUUAUCCAGAAUUCGGGAGACUAUUGAAUAGAACUGGCAGGCCAAUGGUUUAUUCAUGUAGUUGGCCUGUUUAUCAAGAAGAUAAAGGAAAAUUGCCUAACUAUGAAGCUUUAAAGAAACAUUGCAAUUUAUGGCGCAACUGGCAAGACAUUGACGAUUCGUUAGAAUCAGUAUUCAAAAUAAUGGAUUAUUUUUCGAAAAAUCAAGAUCGUAUUCAACCGCACGCUGGACCUGGUCAUUGGAAUGAUCCUGAUAUGUUGAUUUUAGGUAACUACGGACUGUCAUACGACCAAAGUAAAUUACAAAUGGCUGUUUGGUCCAUAUUAGCAGCACCCUUAAUAAUGUCGAAUGAUUUAAAGACUGUACGGCCCGAAAUUAGAGAAAUUUUACAGAAUAAGCAUAUUAUUGCUGUCGAUCAAGAUCCUUUGGGCAUACAGGGACGUCGUCUACUUUUGAAAAAGGACAUUGAGGUUUGGUCACGACCCAUUAUUCCGGUACGAACUGACGGCAAUCAAUCUUACGCAGUCGCUUUUGUUAGUCGUCGCAGCGAUGGUGCACCUUAUGCUAUUAGUUUCCGUCUCAACGAAUUGAAUCUUGUAUCUGACAAAGGUUACAUUGUAACGGAUUUAUAUGAUAACAACAGAUUCGUUGGUAAUUUUCGACCGGCGGAUGUUUUCAAAACUCGCGUGAUUCCAAAUGGCGUUACUUUUUUUAAAUUUGAAGUUUCAUUUUUUUAAUAAAUUUUUAAAUAAAUUUAACAAAAUGAACUGAAAUUAUUACUACAUUAUCAAUAUGCUUAAAUUUUAUAUAAUUUCCUUUGAGAUAGGGUAAGCAAAUGGAAUAAUAGAAAUGUCCUAAGGCACGCAUCGUAAUAUUUUUUUAAAGCAUUUCAUUAUUUAAUCUCUGGACACUACAAUCAAAUCAAUGUCAUAUGUUAACGUUUUAGCUUACUGUACCAAUUUACCAAUGGUUUUUGUUUUGAUUUUGCAAAUGAUUUUUUAAAUUAGAUAACGUUGUUGAGUUCACGGCGCGGCAAAGACCGUGUUCUUUUAAUAAUUACUUAUCACUCCAUAUUGCCUUGCGGAAGAAUAUCGCCACGGCUUUCAACAAAGAGAAGCGGUGAAAGUAUAACUGAAGAAGAACACGGCCUGAUUAAAGUCCAUAUUUAAUUUGGCUAUUCGCAUGUUUUCUAUUGUAAGCUUUCAUUCUGUGUUAAGCGAAACUUUUAGCUACGCUACAAGAGGAAAAAUAUAUUAAACCUUGAAGUAAUAGAAGCAAGAAGAGAGAACUAUUAUUGCCGUUAAGAGCGAUCGUUACCUGUAACGUUACGUGGUUACUUGAUCAUAAAGUAGAUUGAAACUCCAUUCACUUGAUAAUAUAUGUUUGCCCUUCUGCCUGUCGCACAACUCCGCACAAACUAAUUGUACCUUGUAUCACAAGUGGUAUAGGUGCAAUAAUAUAAUAUGUUUAUACCAGAAUCCUAAUGGUGUAAGGGUAUAUUAAGUUUCUCCGCAUGUAUGCAACGCACCGAACAACUGCAUAUGGGCACAUCUUUUAAUGUAACGAUUGACAGUCACUUUCCGCAUCGAUCAAAGUUUGUCCAUAGGAAGUGGUCGAUCCGAACCGUUUUCAGUAGGAUUCAUCUUGGGUCAGAACACGAAUCGACCGGUAUAAAAAGAAGAUGGCUCUACCUCAGUUCCUUCUGGAUGUUGCAUACAUCCGCACAAACUUAAUAUACACAUUUGUACCAUAAAUGGCGAUAGGAUACGCUAUAAAAUUAAAUGCUA